UACGUUGUACUUGCAUGUAUGACCGGCGAAACACAUCAGUUCUUCUAUUUUUAUCGCUGAGUCCAGAAGAAGUGGCGGAAAUCACAAAGAAGAGUACACCACAACUAGAGCCCAUUUCUUGAAACUGUCAUAAGUCUAUCUAGAUAUAAUCAGUGCUAGACUGCACGGAUCAGUCACAUCAGUGCCGUUGUUUUGAAGCCUCCGAGGACGAGCUGCCCUGGCUGAGCUGAGGCUGAGCUGACAUCUGUGUCAUAUCGUUUUUUUAGUCGAUGUGCAGCGCUCCAUCACCUAGCUGUCAUUUCUUGUGUAGACUAUAUGGCUGGCAAGAAGGACAAGAAAUCAUCUAAUCAUAAUUCUGUCCAUUAUAUACAUACCCUAGAAACACAGUCCACACAUCAAGAUGACCUCCACACAGCCCCCAGUGACCCUUGAUAAAAACAAGGUAAUUGAAAAGGAAGAUGCUCCAUGUCAAAGGGAACCCCUCAUCAGGCCUCACCUCCAUGAUUAUGGCUCAGCAUCAAACCUUGCCUUCAACGAAGCUGUUCAUAAGAUGAUGGCGGAAGGUAGAAACAUCUACCAUUUUGCUUUUGGCCAGAGUCCCUUUCCUCCCGUAGAAGGUGCAAGAAAAGUCUUGGCCGAGAAUGCCAAUGAAACUGCGUACCUUCCUGUUGCAGGCCUGAGUGAACUUCGAGCAUCCAUAUGCGACUUCCAUGGCAAACGAGAUGGACUGAAGAGACUUCAAGAUGACUUAGUUGUUGUUGGUCCUGGAUCUAAGGAGCUCAUCUAUCUGCUCAUCAAUGUCUUCAAUGGAGAUAUUCUACUUCUUUCGCCAUCCUGGAUGACAUACAAGCCUCAAACUCAGCUGGCAAACCAGAGAGUUUUUACCAUCACAACCAGUCUACAAGACGAUUGGAAACUAACUCCUUAUCUUCUGGAACAGACAUUGCAGCAACAUAAGCUAAAGCAAAAUAGACUUUUGAUUCUCUGCAACCCAGACAAUCCAACUGGCACUGCAUACAGCGAGGAGGAUCUAAUUGCCCUUAGCUCUGCUUUAAAGAAGCACAAUGUCAUCGUGCUUACUGAUGAGAUCUAUGCAGCAACUAACUUUGAACAUAACCACAAGACGCUUGCUAAGUAUUAUCCAGAAGGAACAGUCCUGUCCAGUGGGAUUUCUAAGUGGGCUAGUGCUGGUGGAUGGCGGCUUGGUUACAGUAUCUACCCACCUGAAUUGAAGGUUUUAUACAAGGCUGUCAAGAGUGCUGCAAGCCACACUUACUCCUGUGCUUCAGGGCCUGUACAACAUGCAGCUGCUUGGCUCUUCCGUUUUGAUGAGGAGUGUGAAAGCUAUGUAAAUCACACAUCAAAGAUCCUUCAAGCCAUUGCUACAUUCUGCUACAGAGAGCUGACGUCUGUGGGAGUGAAAGCAAUCAUGCCAAGAGCAGGGUUCUACAUCUUUCCAGAUUUUGAGGUGAUACGGGAGGCCCUGGCUAGACGAGGUAUCAUGACUGGUGAAAGCAUGUGCAAGGCAUUGUUGGAGGAGGCAGAUGUAGCGGUUAUGUCAGGUGGUCCAGCCUUCCUGCGUCCUGAUGAAGAGUUCACUGUGCGUCUCUGCUACAUUAACUUUGAUGGCACUCUCGCUCUUCAGGCUAGCCAACAGCAUGCUGAUGAACCAAUCACAGAUGAAUUCCUCAAUCUCUAUUGCAAACCUGUCUUGGAAGGCAUCCUGGCUAUCAAGAAAUGGGUGCAAAAACAACUUGACUGCAGCAAGUAGUCUAGACUGAAUUCUAUCAGUCUACACAUUGUAGAUCAUCUUUGUGAAGCAUGACGAUUGGAAAUGAUUUUGAUCACAUUUUGCAUUCAACUGCAUAGUACUAGAAGAAAGGUUUAAGUUUAUCUUUGUUCCAUGCUAUUCUCUUAAUGUUAUUAUCUUCAUUUUAUCUCGUUCGCAAUGUUGCACAAAGGAAUUUAAUUCAAUACAAUUCAACUUUAUUUGUAAAUUAUUAAAAAUCGUAAACAAAUUCAAAAUGUAUAUCAUGUAUAACAACCAAGAUGAUAACAAAGAAAAGGAAGCCGACAAAAACAAAGCAUGUAAUGGGUGCAACUCUCUUAAAUAUGUCAGUAUACAUGAGCAAAUAUAACAAUGAGAAAUCAAACACACGAUCAUGUGGGAAGGGAGGGGGGCAAAGGGGUAACAUUUUAAACAAUUGUAGUUAAUCAAUGAUUAUAUCCAGCUAGCAAGCUGGACUUCACUUUAUAUUUAGAUCAAGAAAGGUUAUUGCAAGAUGUGAUAUUGUGUCUAACAAAUUGCAUAUUCUAGGGCCCUGGUGUUGAAUCAAAUUCAAUGAGCGUUCAUUAAAUACCUUGAAGAAGUGCAUUUUAGAACUUGAUCGAGUGUUAUAAUUAUAUAUAUAUAUUGAUUAAAUUGAAAGACAUUAAUGAACAUUAAUAUAGUAACUUCGUAAGUAUGGUAGUGUUGUAGCUUUGUCUUUCCAUAUUUGUCUGUUUUUUAUUAUUUCUUUUGUUCCAAAUAUUGGUUUGGUUGUCAUGUUAGCCCUAUCGUGCCAUAUAAUCACAGCAGAUAUAUUGUAGUCUAAAGAUAACUUUGAUGUCGUGGGAGAGAGUAUAUGAAUAGUUUUUAAAUAUUCAAAGUGAAUGAUAUAGGCUCAUAGAGCCAAGUAUAUAAGAAUAUCAUUAUAUCAUAGUAUAUACAUUACUUAUAUAUUAUCUUUAUAUUUACUUGCCUAACAUCAUUAUAAAAUCAAAAUAGGAGAUAAUUAUCUCCUAAAUACUUUCACUCCAUCAAGUGAAUGUGAUUAGUAUCAACAGAUGUAUGUUGAUCAGUAAAAGCUAGCCCACUGGUAAAUUUCAUGUUUGGUGUUCAUGUCAUCUUAAUGAUGUUAUACUGUAGAAGGCAUUCCAUUUAAAUGUGUCAAGAAAGACCACUCAGGGAGGAUGAGAAAAGCUAAUAUUAAAUUCAGGUGGUGUUUAUCAACGGGUUCCUUUACAGCAUGUUUUAAUGAGAAAACUGUUCAGAGUGAAUUAAAAUAUGGUUUUUGUAUACUUGCAGUCUUUCUAACAGGUGUUUGCUAAAUCAGGUUUGACUGUAGAAUUAUUUAUUUCAUUCUCAGUCUGUAAAGCAACUACCAUAUAACAAGCUGUGUGAAUAUGUUUACUGGAAUUAGACAGUAUGCAAACCAUUUGGCAUUUUAGCUCAUUCUACUUGAUAUGAAGUGGAAUUAAUCUACAUUUAUGUCAAUUCUCCAUUUAGAAAAUAUAGCAAAACUUAAAAUCAGACGGUAGUGAAAAAGGUUUCAUUAGUGAUAUGAUUACAUCUACAUGUUCAUAUAUACAUAGUAUGGAAAUGUGUUUCUUUCAAAAUAGAAUUAUUAUUACCUAUAUUAGGUAUUUGUACUAUUAAUGUCUUCUGUUAUAAAAUAUUAAUGAAUAUUAUGCAUCAUCAGCACUGCCUAUUGCCAAGAAAUAUGUACAACUCUUUGAUUUCUUUGAUUGAUAAAAGAAAUUAGGAUUUUAAUGCUUUAUGAUGUAUAUGAAAUUUUCUAUAUAUGAAAAAUUAUAUUUUUAUUACACAUGUGAUAGUAUAUAUAUAUAUAUAUAUAUAUAUAUACUAUCUUAGUGAUUUGGUCUUUUACUCUGAAGGUAUUACAGUGGGUGUGUAAAUAAAACAAACAAGGAAAUUCAUUAUUAACUGUUCUUGAUCUGUUUCAGGAUGCUAGAUGACCCAAAAUAUAAAAACAGUAAAAUCUAAGUGUGAAAGAUUGGAUUUGUAGACAAUUACCAGAAAAUUAUAAACUUAUUUUCAUUUAUUGAGUGAUAUUGAGCAGCUCUGUAUUUCCCUUAUUCAUAAUUGGAUACAAAAUAUUUAAAUCUGCAACAAUGUAUUACUUUUUAUGUCAUUACUGAUGUAAAAUGGAAUUAAAAUUUAGAGUAUAGUCAUCAGAACUGCAA